GGGUGGAGCCGAUGCUGUGCAAGUCCAGUAGAUCGGUGGGCGGGAUUGCUAGCUGGGGCUUUUAAACGAGGCAAAAUUGCGCGUCUCCCGCGCAGUUCUUGCAGGUCCUUCUUUGCCGUUGCAAUGGCUGGUGUCUCAAGGUACAAUCUGGCCGGCAUGAAGGCGCUCCCGUUGGGGGCUUCGGAGCCCAUUGAUCUGGGCUCGCUGCGGGGAAAGGUGUUGCUGGUUUCCAACGUGGCUUCGCUCUGAGGCACAACGACCCGGGACUUCACUCAGUUCCGUGAACUGCAGCGUCGUUUCGGCUCUCAAGGACUCACCGUCCUCGCUUUCCCCUCUAACCAGUUUGGUCACCAGGAAAAUGCCACCAAUGAAGAGAUCCUGAAUUCCCUGAAAUACGUCCGUCCAGGCAAUGGAUAUGAGCCCAACUUCCCUGUGUUUGAGAAGUGUGAAGUCAAUGGGGAAAAAGCUCAUCCUCUUUUCAAGUUCCUGAAAGAAUCAUUGCCUGUCCCACAUGAUGAUCCUGUGUCUCUGAUGACCGAUCCAAAGUUCAUAAUUUGGUCUCCUGUGUGCCGCAGUGACAUCGCAUGGAAUUUUGAAAAGUUCCUCAUUGGUCGUGAUGGGGUGCCUUUCAAACGGUACAGCAGAAGAUUUGAAACUAUCAAGAUGCAGGAUGACAUUGAAAAGCUGCUUCAGCAAACCGUCUAGAUUGGGCCAGAUAAAAUCUUGAUAAAACUUCCCUACAUCUCUGCUUCGGUCUAGGUUUUUAAAAGUAUAUAAUGCUACCCAUAAUGUAAGUUUAACUGUAACUUUCCAUGUUAAACUAAAUUCAUAAAUCUAGAAAAUGCAGAAGAUAGUCGCUUAUAUAUUGUAGUAGCAAAGCUUCUCUGAAAUAUAAGAAUGUACUAAGCUGCUGUGAUAUAAAGUAAACCUAUAACUCUUCUUUAAAAGGCUUAAGGAUUAAUUAGGACAGUCAUUGGUCUGGAGUUCAUACAUAUUAUGAGUGUCAUUGACCUCUGAUGUAGCAGAGACAAAAUCUGUAUUUUUAACCAAUCUCCAAAUCAUUCAGAUGUAAGGGAAUAGAACUGAAGUGUACUUAGAUUUCUACAAUGUUGUGCCCUUUUCUACAUUUCUUGUUUUGCUGUGGUUCACUAACAGUUCUGCUGCUAAGAUUCUACUCUCCAUCAAAAUUUUAUUUAUGAUGGUGUUUCUUCUAAAUACUUGAUAAGCACCUGAUGUACCUUUAAAAUUUUGCAUGUGAAGUUGUAAAUUAUAGCAAGUAGAACAGUUUGGAAUCAGUGCUUUCAAUGCUACCAUGCACCAAUAAAAUCUUGAAAUUGCAUUAA